AUGGGUUCAGGAGCCCCCCGUGGAAUCAGAGCUGCAAGGAAGCUCCGUAACCGCAGAAGGCAGCAAAGAUGGGCAGAUAAAGCAUAUAAAAAGGCUAACUUGGGAACACGCUGGAAGUGCAACCCAUUUAAGGGAAGUUCCCAUGCCAAAGGGAUAGUUGUUGAAAAAAUCGCCAUUGAAGCAAAACAGCCAAACUCUGCUUAUCGUAAGAGCGUACGUGUUCAAUUGAUUAAAAAUGGUAAAAAAAUAACUGCUUUCGUCCCAAGAGAUGGUUGCUUGAACUUCAUCGACGAAAACGAUGAGGUCCUCGUCUCAGGGUUUGGUCGUUCAGGACACUCAGUUGGUGAUCUUCCUGGUGUACGUUUCAAGGUUGUCAAGGUCUCAGGAGUAUCUCUGCUUGCCCUUUACAAGGAAAAGAAGGAAAAACCAAGAUCAUAA